UGAGGCUACUUUCUGUAUAUAAUUAUAGCCAGUGUUUUUAGUUCAAUCUAGAUAAGCUACAUUGUGAAAUGGAGAUACUAGCACUAAAGCUGUUUUUUGUCAUCUGCUUAUCAAGAGUGGAACUGUCUACUCAAGUUGUUCCAGAAGUACUGGAUGGCCCAGUGACACAGACUGUCCCUGUGACCCAGUAUGAAGCCCAGUUCACCUGUCGUGCUCGAGCCUCUGCCGUAUUCUGGUACAUCAAUGGCGAAACACUCUUUAACAAUAUUCCCAGCUGGAUAAUACUGUACGACGAUAUACAUGACUUUCCUAAUGUUGAGGUGACGAGACGAAUCGGUGUGAGAACUCAAGGACGUAAUCGGACGAAGAUCGAGUGUCUUGCUACAGGCUCUGAUCAGGCCACUGUUAGAUCUGAACCACCUGUAUUUCUCUAUAUUGUCGAUGUUCUCAAUGCCCCUGUCACUGAGCUAGUUACGGUCAACACAACAGCUUUAAGGGUAUCCUGGUUUGAGCCGUUUGCUCACACUGGUUUUCCUAUUCUCAACUACACUCUAAUCAUUCGAAGCACUGCUGACCACUCAGCACCCCUCUACAAUGCCUCACUGAGUGCCCUGGAGUAUGUGUUAACCACGGACAGUGUUCACAGAGAUUGCCACAAUAUAACGUUUGAGGUCAUUGCCACGAACAGUAUAGGACCUAGUGCUGCAGGUGUCGCCAUUGGUGGAUUUCCAAUAUUUCUUGGGGACUUUCUGCUCCCUCCUGUUGUCGUGAUUACCUUCACAGCAGACUUGACCCCCAUCAUUAACGUCAUAUUUAAGCCUCCAACAGUGUGCUGGUUUCAAGACGCCAGUUAUGAACUGAGAAUCCUGGAUGUCUCAACUCAAGCCCUAAGUCUUUCCACUAGAAUUGGAAGUUACCGUGGCGGUGGCAUAGCAACUAUAUCGGAAGCGUAUAAUGAUAUAUAUACGAUUCCCUCUAUUCUGCUACUGGUAACUCGCCAGAAUAGAGGGAAUCGCUGGGGAUCAGAUUCUACUACUGCGGCUAUUUAUGGUGGUGCUGUUGGUGUGAUACUGGUGUUAGUGUGUCUUAUUGGUAUCUGCUUGAUUGCCCUACUCUUACUGAGGAAAAAGCUAUCUAGUGAAGAACAAAUAGCUGCUCCACUUUAUGAGGAAGUAGGUCUUUCAGGAAAUGACAUUCAACUCGAGCCCAAUGAUGCAUAUGGAAAGGCUGUUAGAUGCUCCAAGGGUAUUCAAGUACAAUCUAACCAGGCUUAUGAACUAGUGAGUUAUUUUACUGUACCUUGUAUAGAUCUGAUAAUUAUUGUUACUCAGGAUGCACUCAAUUACAACCUCAUCAAGGGAUGUGGGAUUUUAACCAGACGUAGAAAGUCAUAAUAUAGAACUGUUGUAGUAGCUCGAGAUACUAGUUGAUUCAUACUAUAACAACUGAACUCAUUGUAGAAUCAAUGAUCAAUGAUACAUUGAUCAUGGUUGCAGUUAACAAA